AUGGUUACAAGGAUGUUCAAUCAUUUUCUCUUUGCAUUUCUUGCUGGUUUCUCUCUACUUUUGGUUCAUGGCCAGGAUCAAUCAGGUUUCAUUAGCUUAGAUUGUGGGCUACCAGCUAAUUCAAGCUAUACUGAGCCAAUAACAGGCAUCAAUUAUAUAUCAGAUGCAACGUUCAUAGACACUGGUGUAAGUAUGAGCAUAUCACCUGUGUACAAAACAAAUAGCCUUGAACAGGAGUAUAACUAUGUCAGAAGCUUUCCUCAAGAAACCAGAAACUGUUACACAAUAAGUCUUACAAGUGGCACCAGAUACUUGAUCCGAGGGAGUUUCUUGUAUGCGAAUUAUGAUGCCAAAAGUAAACCUCCAGCAUUCGACCUGUAUAUUGAUGCUAAUAAGUGGGAUUCAGUGACAUUACUCGAUGAAUCCACAUUCAUCUAUGCAGAGCUCAUACAUGUCCCAAAAUUAGAUCAUAUUGAUUUUUGUCUGGUGAACACGGGCCAUGGUGUACCGUUUAUUUCUGCAUUAGAACUUAGGCCACUGAAAAAUGACACAUAUGUCACUGUAGCUGGAUCAUUGUCAACUUUCGUGCGGCUUGAUUUUGGUACAUUAACCAAUCAAACAUAUAGGUACAAAGACGAUGUUUUUGAUCGCAUGUGGUUCCCCCCUACGGCCAUGGUUGAUUGGACACCAAUAAGUACUUCGCUUACAGUGGAUGGCAUAACUCACAACGAUUUCCAACCACCAUCAGUGGUCAUGGAUACUGCCUCCACAGCAAUAAAUGCAAGUGUACCCAUGACAUUCAACUGGGUGGCCCCGGAUAAUACAACCCAAUAUUACGUCUACAUGCACAUUGCUGAAAUCAGAGAGCUCAAAGCAAACGAAUCUAGAGUAUUCAACAUUUCUCUAAAUGGGGUGUUAUGGGGUGGACCUAUAAUUCCUAAGUACCUGCACACAACCACUGUAUACAGCCCUUCAGCCUUGAAAGGGGGAAAAUUUGAGUUUGUUCUUUAUAAAAUUGAACAAUCAGCUCUUCCACCACUCAUCAAUGCCAUUGAGGUUUACAAGGUUGUAGAGCUCUUACAAUCUCAGACAGACCAACAAGAUGUUGAUGCAAUGAAGAACAUCCAGUCAAUGUAUGGAGUAACAAGAAAUUGGCAAGGAGAUCCAUGUGCCCCUACAGCGUUUGUGUGGGAUGGAUUAAAUUGUACCUCUAAUGCUUAUGAAUCUCCUACAAUCAUAUCACUGAAUUUGUCAUCAAGUGGAUUGACUGGGCAGAUUGCUCCUUACAUAUCAAAUCUCACAUUGAUACAGUACUUGGAUCUAUCAAAUAAUAACUUAACUGGACCAGUGCCUGACUUUCUCUCAAAUUUGCAAUCAUUGAGGGUCUUAAACUUAGAAGGAAACAACUUGAGUGGCUCACUUCCUGCUGCCCUUCUUGCCAAAUCAAAGAGUGGUUCACUGUUAUUAAGUGUGGGAGAAAAUCCAAAUCUAUGCUCAUCAGUUUCUUGUACAACGGAGCAGAAGAAGAAGAAGACGAAUAUUAUUGUUCCAAUAGUGGCAUCAGUUGGCGGAUUGUUCUUGUUAUUAGCUGCAGCUGGUAUCUUUUGGAUAUUUAAAAAAACAAAAGAAAGAGAAGGUAAGACAAGCACAAAUAUGCAACUAGAAUCAAAGAAUCGACAAUUUACCUACUCUGAUAUCCAGAUGAUUACGAACAACUUUGAGAAACUUCUUGGUCAAGGUGGGUUUGGCAAAGUUUAUCUUGGUUUCGUAGAAGGAAAUCCUGUGGCUGUAAAGAUGAUCUCCCAAUCAGCAAUUGAAGGGUAUCAGCAAUUUCUGUCUGAGGUUGAACCUCUUAUAAGAGUUCAUCAUAGAAACUUGACUAUCCUUGUUGGAUAUUGCAAAGAAGGACCCAAUCUCGCUCUCAUCUAUGAGUAUAUGGUGAAUGGAGACUUGCAUUCCCAUAUUUCAGGUCUGGUCACAAAAAAUAACUCAAAUAUCUUAAGUUGGGAAGGCAGAAUUCGAAUUGCAUUGGACUCUGCACAAGGAUUGGAGUAUCUACACGAUGACUGUAAUCCACCCAUUAUUCACAGAGAUGUGAAGCCAUCAAACAUCUUGUUGAAUGAAAAAUUCCAAGCCAAGAUUGCUGAUUUUGGCCUGUCCAGAGUUAUCCCAACAGAUGGUAGCAGUUAUGUGACAGCAACUGUUGCUGGCAGUCCAGGCUACUUAGACCCCGAGUACUUCAGAUCAAACAAAUUAACUAAGAAAAGUGAUGUAUAUAGCUUUGGAGUUGUUCUUAUGGAGUUAAUCACAGGUCGACCUGCUAUAAAGAGAAGCACUGAGCCCGUUCAUAUAAGUCAAUGGGUCAAUUCCACUGUUGCGCACGGGGAUAUUCGAAGUAUUGUUGAUCCAAGAUUACCAAACGGAGAUUUCGAUCUCAACUCUGCCUGGAAGGCUGUUGAAGUAUCCCUGACUUGUGUAUCUGAAAAUCCCCUCAAUAGGCCAACCAUGAGUCAGGUAGUUAUUGAUCUAAAGGAAUGCUUGGCAACAGAAUUAGCUCGAAGGAAGGAGGACAGUGUGACUGAAUCAAAUGAUUCAAGUCCAAUUUUCACAAUCCAUGUGACUGCUAGAACUAGUCCUUCAGCAAGAUAG